AUGGCCCAGCCCUCUGCUCCCCAAAACCCGACUGGUGAGCCCAAAGCUCCCGUCGACGUCCCUCCCCAGGCCGACGACCAGUUGCGGAACCAGGAUGCCAAUGCUGCCGCUCAGCCCGCCGAGGGCCAGAAGGUGAAGAGCGAGAAGGAACUGGAGCGUGAACGCCGCAAGGCUGAGAAGGCGAAGAAGUUCGCCGAGAAGCAGGCCAAGGCCGCUGCUGCGAAGACCGCCGCCCCCAAGGCCGAGAAGAAGCCUAAGGUUGAGAAGGAGAAGACCACUGAUGCGUACGACCCCAAGGUUAUCGAGGCUGGCCGUUACGAAUGGUGGGAGGAGCGCGGCCUGUUCCAGCCCGAGUUCGGCUCGGACAACAAGGUCAAGCCCGAAGGUUACUUCGUCAUUCCUAUCCCUCCUCCCAAUGUGACUGGUGCCCUGCACAUGGGUCACGCUCUUACCAACGCCCUCCAAGACACCAUGAUCCGCUGGCAGCGCAUGAAGGGCAAGACCACCCUGUGGCUGCCGGGUAUGGACCACGCCGGUAUCUCCACCCAGAGUGUCGUCGAGAAGAUGCUGUGGAAGUUGGAGAAGAAGACCCGUCACGACCUGGGUCGUGAGGCUUUCCUCGAGCGCGUGUGGGAUUGGAAGAAGGAAUACCAUGCCAACAUUAAGAACGCCCUUCGCAGAGUCGGUGGUUCCUUCGACUGGACCCGCGAGGCGUUCACCAUGGACCCCAACCUGUCCGCCGCCGUCACGGAGACUUUCGUUCGCCUUCACGAGGAGGGCAUCAUCUACCGUGCCAACCGCCUGGUCAACUGGUGUGUGGCUUUAAACACCUCUCUGUCCAACCUUGAAGUCGAGAACAAGGAGGUUGAGGGCCGCACUCUCCUCGACGUGCCGGGCUACGACAAGAAGAUCGAGUUCGGUGUCUUGACUCACUUCUGCUAUGAGGUCGAUGUCGAUGGUAAGACCGAGCGUAUCGAGAUCGCCACCACUCGUCCCGAGACCAUGAUUGGUGACAGUGGUAUUGCUGUCCACCCCGACGACAAGCGCUACGCCCACUUGGUCGGCAAGAAGGCUCGCCACCCCUUCGUCGACCGCUUGAUGCCUAUUGUUGCCGACAAGGACGUCGACCCCGAGUUCGGUACCGGUGCCGUCAAGAUCACCCCGGCCCACGACUUCAACGAUUUCAACCGUGGAAAGGCCCACAACCUCGAGUUCAUCUCCGUGCUAAACGACGACGGUACCUUCAACAGCAAGGGUGGUCCCUUCGCUGGCAUGAAGCGCUUCGAUGCCCGUUAUAAGGUCAUCGAGAUGCUGAAGGAGAAGGGUCUCUAUGUCAAGUGGGAGAACAACCCCAUGAAGAUCCCUCGCUGCGCCAAGUCCAACGAUGUUAUCGAACCCAUCCUCAAGCCCCAGUGGUGGAUGAAGAUGGAGAGUCUCGCCAAGCCGGCCCUUGAGGCCGUUGAGAAGGGCGAGAUCGUCAUCAAGCCCGAGUCUGCUGAGAAGAGCUACUACCGCUGGAUGACCAACAUCAACGAUUGGUGUCUGUCUCGUCAGCUGUGGUGGGGUCACCAGGCUCCCGCCUACUUUAUCAAGAUUGAGGGAGAGGAGAACGAUGACAGCGAUGGUGAGCGCUGGGUCACUGGCCGCACCGAAGAGGCUGCCCGCGAGAAGGCUGAGGCCAAGUUCCCUGGCAAGAAAUUCGACUUGGUCCGGGAUCCUGAUGUCCUUGAUACCUGGUUCUCUUCUGGACUGUGGCCGUUCUCGACCCUGGGCUGGCCCAACAAGACCCACGAUCUGGAGAACCUGUACCCUACUUCCGUUUUGGAGACUGGCUGGGAUAUUCUGUUCUUCUGGGUUGCCAGAAUGAUCAUGCUUGGUAUUAAGAUGACCGGCCAGGUCCCCUUCCGGGAGGUGUACUGCCACUCUCUGAUCCGUGAUUCCGAGGGCCGUAAGAUGUCCAAGUCUUUGGGUAACGUCGUUGACCCUCCUGGAUGUCAUGGAGGGUAUCCAGACUCCAGGAGCUCCACGCCAAGCUGCUCACCGGUAACCUCGCCGAGAAGGAGGUUGCUACUGCUACCAGAUACCAGAAGAAGGCUUUCCCCAAGGGUAUCCCCGAGUGUGGUGCUGAUGCUCUGCGCUUCGCCCUGGUUUCUUACACUACUGGCGGUGGUGAUAUUGCGUUCGAUAUCCAGGUCAUCCACGGUUACCGCCGUUUCUGUAACAAGAUCUACCAGGCCACCAAGUUCGUGCUUGGCAAGUUGGGCGACAACUUCAAGCCCAAGGCUGCCCCUACCAAGACCGGCAAGGAGUCUCUGUCUGAGCGCUGGAUUCUGCACAAGUUCAACCAGGCUGCUAAGGAAAUGAACGAGACUCUGGAGCAGCGCGAAUUCUCCCAGUCUGCUCAGAUCGUCUACCAGUACUGGUACAGCCAGCUCUGUGACGUCUUCAUCGAGAACUCCAAGUUCCUCCUGGCAGAUGAUGUCCCCGCUGAGGUGCAGGAGUCUGCCAAGCAGACCCUCUACACCGCUCUGGAGGGUGCUCUGACCCUCAUACACCCCAUGAUGCCCUUCGUCACCGAGCACCUCUGGCAGCGUCUGCCCCGCCGCGAGGGCGAUGCCACGAUCUCGAUCAUGAAGGCCAAGUACCCCGAGUACACUCCUGAGUUCGACGACGUCGAGGCUGAGACUGCCUACGAGCUGAUCCUCAACACCUCCAAGGCUGUUCGGUCCAUCAUGGCCCAGUAUGAGAUCAAGACCAAGGCCGAUGUCGUCAUCCAGACCUACGACGCCACCAGCCACAAGACGAUCGCCGACGAGCUCACCAGCAUCAAGUCGCUUGGUGGCAAGAACCUGGGUGAACUCAGCGUGCUCGGCCCGGAGAACACCGUUCCUCCGUCGGGCUGCGUUGUGGCCCCCGUCAGCUCCCAGGCGGCCGUCUACCUUCGCGUGUCUAAGGAGGUGGCGCUUGAGCAGGAGCACAAGGCCAAGGCCAGUCUCGAGAAGGCGCGCGAGGUUGUUGGCCGCCAGCAGAAACUGAUCAGCGGCGCUGGAUGGGAGAAGGCCAAGCCCGAGGUUCGCGAGGCCGAACAGAAGAAGCUCCGCGAUGCCGAGAGCGAGGCCGCUCGAUUGGAGGAGCAGAUCCGCGAGUUUGAGAAGUUGCGGUUGGAGUAA